AUGGCGCCGCAAUUCGGCUUGAGUCUAACUAAUAAGAAGCCUUCGGGGCCGAAACCGAGCAACCCUCUCGGACAAAAGCGCAAGAAGAACAUUUUCGAUGACGACUCGGAAGAUGAAAAUCAAAAUGGAGAGGGAGCAGUUGAAGUGUCGACACUCGGUGGUUUCGAUGCGCCGGCUCCCAAACCCUCGAAACCGUCCACGACAGGGCCCCCACCUAAACGAAAGAUGCAAUUGGGAAGUGGCAAGCCUAGUGUCAAACCAUUGAAUAAGAGUUCGAUAUUUGCGGAUGAUGAGGACGAGGAUGAGCAGAAAGAUAAAGAUCAACAAGGAGAGGUGCGCUUCGGACUAAACCAGGCGCAGUCGAAGCAGAAGACGGUCCCAGGCAAGGACUUCACCAACCUUUCUGCAAUGCAUAGCAGCAAAAAACAUGCAAAAGAGGCAGAGGAGCUGAACCCGUCAAUCUACUCCUACGAUGCUGUAUACGACAGUCUACACGCCAAGACAGAGAAGUCUGCGACCGCCGACAAGAGUGAAACACCCAAGUAUAUGGAAAACCUGCUUCGCAGUGCCGAAAUCCGGAAACGAGACCAGUUGAGAGCGCGAGAUCGUCAGCUGGCCAAGGAGAGAGAGGCUGAGGGCGAUGAGUUUGCGGAUAAAGAUGCCUUUGUCACGAGUGCCUACAAAGCCCAACAAGCAGAGAUGCGGAAGGUGGAAGAAGAGGAGGCACGUCGCGAAAAGGAGGAGGAAGAACGGAAGAAACAGAAUGGCGGCGCUGGCAUGGUCGGAUUCUACCGGGACGUGCUUUCGCGAGGCGAGGCAAAACACGAAGAAGCCGUCAAAGCUGCCGAGGAAGCCGCCCGCCGCCUCAAGGCAGGCGAAGCCACAGAGGACAUUGCGGCGUCGGAAGAGAAGAGCGAGGCUCAGAAGGCCGAUGACCUCAACGCUCGUGGUGCUCGUGUUGCAGUCAACGACGAAGGCCAGGUGGUCGACAAGCGGCAACUGCUGUCCGCAGGAUUGAACGUAGCACCCAAACCCAAGACUGCUCCAUCGGCUGCUUCUACAGCAACCGCCCGACCCGCAGGACGACCUGGUCCUAACUCCAACUACCAAUCUGGCCGUGCUGGCCAACGUUCUCGCCAGACCGAAAUGAUCACCCGACAGCUCGAGCAGCAGGCCCGUCAAGAGGAGGAAGCAGAGGCUGCACGACAAAAAGAGAUCGCAGAGAAGGCUCGCAGCCAGAAGACCGUCAGCGAUGUCUCGAGCGCGAAGGAGCGAUAUUUGGCAAGAAAGCGGGAGCGGGAAGAGGCUGCUGCGAAGCAAAAGGCCAACGCCAAGUGA